CUUUUUUGUUUACAUUUUUGAUCAAAACACGGCGUUUUCCAGACCAUCUUUAUAAUUUAUAAAAUUCAAGAGUUUUACACUUUAUAUCUUCUCGUGGAAACAUUAAAUUAAAUGUAAUGAAUUUAGAAUUAUUAGAAUCAUUUGGUCAAAAUUAUCCCGAAGAAUUUGAUGGUUCGCUGGACUGUAUCUCAUUGGCUGUAACCUGUGCCUUCAACAAGUACGGCACUCUCUUGGCAGUUGGCUGUAAUGAUGGACGCAUUGUUGUGUGGGAUUUUCUAACUCGUGGCAUUGCCAAAAUCAUAUCCGCACAUGUUCAUCCGGUAUGCAGUUUGAGCUGGACAAGAAAUGGUCAUAAAUUACUAUCAGCUUCCACCGAUAACAACGUAUGCAUUUGGGAUGUUCUCUCGGGUGAAUGUGAACACAAAUAUAGAUUUCCUUCACCUAUUUUAAAAGUUCAGUUUGAUCCACGUAAUGAAAAACGUUUUCUAGUCUGCCCCAUGCGUUAUGCUGCGGUGCUGGUUAAAAUUGGUGAUGCCCACAAAUGUUUGCCGCUCGAUUCCGAUGGUGACCUUAAUAUAGUUGCCUCCUUUGAUAGGAGGGGCAAACAUAUUUACACUGGUAAUGCAAAAGGUAAAAUAUUAGUGCUGGAUGUUGAAACUUUAGAAAUUGUGGCCAGUUUUCGUAUUAUUGUGGGCACUUCGAGUGCUACGGCCGUUAAGAGCAUUGAGUUUGCCAGACGAGGAGAUGGUUUUCUGAUUAAUACCUCAGAUCGUGUUAUACGUGUUUAUGAUUCUAAAGAAGUGCUGGCUUUGGGCAAAGAUGGUGAACCUGAACCUAUACAAAAGCUACAAGAUUUAGUAAACAAAACCACUUGGAAAAAAUGCUGUUUUUCGGGUGAUGGUGAAUAUAUCUGUGCCGGCAGUGCGCGACAACAUGCUUUAUAUAUAUGGGAGAAAUCUAUAGGAAAUUUGGUGAAAAUUCUACAUGGCACUAAGGGUGAACUAUUAUUGGAUGUGGUCUGGCAUCCUGUACGUCCCAUUAUUGCUAGCAUUAGUUCGGGUUUGGUAUCUAUUUGGGCUCAAAAUCAAGUAGAAAAUUGGUCUGCCUUUGCUCCUGAUUUCAAAGAACUCGAUGAAAAUGUUGAAUACGAAGAACGUGAAUCCGAAUUUGAUAUAACAGAUGAGGAUAAGUCUUUGGACUUAAAUGCCGAUGCCAAACAGGAUGAAGAAAUUGAGGUUGACGUACAAAAAGCUGAACCAGUUGCAGCAUUUUGUUCUUCGGACGAGGAGGGAGAAGAUGAAAAUGCUUUACAAUUUUUACCUAUGGCUCCCGAGGUUGAAGAUCCUGAAGAUGGUUGGGCCGUACAAGAUGGUUUGGAUGGUAAUACUUCUAAAGAUAACGAUUCGGCUGCAAUGCAUGAUUAUGGUGACGUUUCGGCAAAAAAGAGAAAAAUGAAUAAUUACGAUAUAAAUUUACCAGAUGCUCCCACCAAAGAAUUACAUCCCUUGGUAUCGAGUAAAACGAAUAAAGAUAAACAAUCAUCGGGUGGAAAAAAGGCAGCCGGUCGUCCUAAAAAGUAAUAGAAUUCUCAAUGUACGAUGUUUUAUUUGUGUUGUGCUCAAUAAUUUCUUAAAUGUGAUUAGUGCUAACAAUGAA